AUGGGAAUGUCUUGGUCUUGGAAGGAGGUGUCAGUCUGUCAGAAGGAGGUGUCAGUCUGUCAGAAGGAGGUGUCAGUCUGUCAGAAGGAGGUGUCAGUCUGUCAGAAGGAGGUGUCAGUCAGUCAGAAGGAGGUGUCAGUCUGUCAGAAGGAGGUGUCAGUCAGUCAGAAGGAGGUGUCAGUCUGUCAGAAGGAGGUGUCAGUCUGUCAGAAAGAGGUGUCAGUCAGUCAGAAGGAGGUGUCAGUCUGUCAGAAGGAGGUGUCAGUCAGUCAGAAGGAGGUGUCAGUCUGUCAGAAGGAGGUGUCAGUCUGUCAGAAAGAGAAGGAGGUGUCAGUCUGUCAGAAGGAGGUGUCAGUCUGUAAGAAGGAGGUGUCAGUCUGUCAGAAGGAGGUGUCAGUCAGUCAGAAGGAGGUGUCAGUCUGUCAGAAGGAGGUGUCAGUCUGUCAGAAGGAGAUGUCAGUCACUCAGAAGGAGGUGUCAGUCUGUCAGAAGGAGGUGUCAGUCUGUCAGAAGGAGGUGUCAGUCUGUCAGAAGGAGGUGUCAGUCUGUCAGAAGGAGGUGUCAGUCUGUCAGAAGGAGAUGUCAGUCAGUCAGAAGGAGGUGUCAGUCUGUCAGAAGGAGGUGUCAGUCUGUCAGAAGGAGGUGUCAGUCUGUCAGAAGGAGGUGUCAGUCUGUCAGAAGGAGGUGUCAGUCUGUCAGAAGGAGAUGUCAGUCACUCAGAAGGAGGUGUCAGUCUGUCAGAAGGAGGUGUCAGUCUGUCAGAAGGAGGUGUCAGUCUGUCAGAAGGAGGUGUCAGUCUGUCAGAAGGAGAUGUCAGUCAGUCAGAAGGAGGUGUCAGUCUGUCAGAAGGAGGUGUCAGUCUGUCAGAAGGAGGUGUCAGUCUGUCAGAAGGAGGUGUCAGUCUGUCAGAAGGAGGUGUCAGUCUGUCAGAAGGAGGUGUCAGUCUGUCAGAAAGAGGUGUCAGUCAGUCAGAAGGAGGUGUCAGUCUGUCAGAUGGAGAUGUCAGUCUGUCAGAAGGAGGUGUCAGUCAGUCAGAAGGAGGUGUCAGUCUGUCAGAAGGAGGUGUCAGUCAGUCAGAAGGAGGUGUCAGUCAGUCAGAAGGAGGUGUCAGUCUGUCAGAAGGAGGUGUCAGUCAGUCAGAAGGAGGUGUCAGUCUGUCAGAAGGAGGUGUCAGUCUGUCAGAAGGAGGUGUCAGUCUGUCAGAAGGAGGUGUCAGUCUGUCAGAAGGAGGUGUCAGUCUGUCAGAAGGAGGUGUCAGUCUGUCAGAAGGAGGUGUCAGUCUGUCAGAAGGAGGUGUCAGUCUGUCAGAAGGAGAUGUCAGUCAGUCAGAAGGAGGUGUCAGUCUGUCAGAAGGAGGUGUCAGUCUGUCAGAAGGAGGUGUCAGUCUGUCAGAAGGAGGUGUCAGUCUGUCAGAAGGAGGUGUCAGUCUGUCAGAAAGAGAAGGAGGUGUCAGUCUGUCAGAAGGAGGUGUCAGUCAGUCAGAAGGAGGUGUCAGUCUGUCAGAAGGAGGUGUCAGUCUGUCAGAAGGAGGUGUCAGUCAGUCAGAAGGAGGUGUCAGUCUGUCAGAAGGAGGUGUCAGUCAGUCAGAAGGAGGUGUCAGUCUGUCAGAAGGAGGUGUCAGUCUGUCAGAAGGAGGUGUCAGUCUGUCAGAAGGAGGUGUCAGUCUGUCAGAAGGAGGUGUCAGUCUGUCAGAAGGAGGGUCAGUCAGUCAGAAGGAGGUGUCAGUCAGUCAGAAGGAGGUGUCAGUCAGUCAGAAGGAGGUGUCAGUCAGUCAGAAGGAGGUGUCAGUCAGUCAGAAGGAGGUGUCAGUCAGUCAGAAGGAGGUGUCAGUCAGUCAGAAGGAGGUGUCAGUCUGUCAGAAGGAGGUGUCAGUCUGUCAGAAGGAAGAGUGUCAGUCAGUCAGAAGGAGGUGUCAGUCUGUCAGAAGGAGGUGUCAGUCAGUCAGAAGGAGGUGUCAGUCGUCAGAAGGAGGUGUCAGUCUGUCAGAAGGAGUUCAGUCGUCAGAAGGAGUGUCAGUCUGUCAGAAGGAGGUGUCAGUCUGUCAGAGUCGGAGGAGUGUCAGUCUGUCAGAAGGAGGUGUCAGUCAGUCAGUCAGUCGUCAGAGAGUGUCGUCGUAGGAGAGUGUCAGUCAAGAAGGAGGUGUCAGUCGUCAGAAGGAGGUGUCAGUCUGUCAGAAGGAGGUGUCAGUCUGUCAGAAGAGGUGUCGUCAGUCGUCAGAAGGAGGUCAGUCUGUCAGAAGGAGGUGUCAGUCGUCAGAAGGAGGUGUCAGUCGUCAGUCAAGAAGGAGGUGUCAGUCUGUCAGUCUGUCAGGAGGUGUCAGUCUGUCAGAAGGAGGUGUCAGUCUGUCAGAAGGAGGUGUCAGUCUGUCAGAAGGAGAUGUCAGUCGUCAAGAAGGAGGUGUCAGUCAGUCAGAAGGAGGUGUCAGUCUGUCAGAAGGAGGUGUCAGUCUGUCAGAAGGAGGUGUCAGUCUGUCAGAAGGAGGUGUCAGUCUGUCAGAAGGAGGUGUCAGUCUGUCAGAAGGAGGUGUCAGUCUGUCAGAAGGAGGUGUCAGUCUGUCAGAAGGAGAUGUCAGUCAGUCAGAAGGAGGUGUCAGUCAGUCAGAAGGAGGUGUCAGUCUGUCAGAAGGAGGUGUCAGUCAGUCAGAAGGAGGUGUCAGUCGUCAGAAGGAGGUGUCAGUCAGUCAGAGAGUUCAGUCGUCAGAAGGAGGUGCAGUCAGUCUGUCAGAAGGAGGUGUCAGUCUGUCAGAAAGAGGUGUCAGUCAGUCAGAAGGAGGUGUCAGUCAGUCAGAAGGAGAUGUCAGUCAGUCAGAAGGAGGUGUCAGUCUGUCAGAAGGAGGUGUCAGUCAGUCAGAAGGAGGUGUCAGUCAGUCAGAAGGAGGUGUCAGUCUGUCAGAAGGAGGUGUCAGUCAGUCAGAAGGAGGUGUCAGUCUGUCAGAAGGAGGUGUCAGUCUGUCAGAAGGAGGUGUCAGUCUGUCAGAAGGAGGUGUCAGUCUGUCAGAAGGAGGUGUCAGUCUGUCAGAAGGAGAUGUCAGUCAGUCAGAAGGAGGUGUCAGUCUGUCAGAAGGAGGUGUCAGUCUGUCAGAAGGAGGUGUCAGUCUGUCAGAAGGAGGUGUCAGUCUGUCAGAAGGAGGUGUCAGUCUGUCAGAAAGAGAAGGAGGUGUCAGUCUGUCAGAAGGAGGUGUCAGUCAGUCAGAAGGAGGUGUCAGUCUGUCAGAAGGAGGUGUCAGUCUGUCAGAAGGAGGUGUCAGUCAGUCAGAAGGAGGUGUCAGUCUGUCAGAAGGAGGUGUCAGUCAGUCAGAAGGAGGUGUCAGUCUGUCAGAAGGAGGUGUCAGUCUGUCAGAAGGAGGUGUCAGUCAGUCAGAAGGAGGUGUCAGUCAGUCAGAAGGAGAUGUCAGUCAGUCAGAAGGAGGUGUCAGUCUGUCAGAAGGAGGUGUCAGUCUGUCAGAAGGAGGUGUCAGUCUGUCAGAAGGAGGUGUCAGUCUGUCAGAAGGAGGUGUCAGUCUGUCAGAAGGAGGUGUCAGUCUGUCAGAAAGAGGUGUCAGUCAGUCAGAAGGAGGUGUCAGUCUGUCAGAAGGAGGUGUCAGUCUGUCAGAAGGAGGUGUCAGUCUGUCAGAAGGAGGUGUCAGUCUGUCAGAAGGAGGUGUCAGUCUGUCAGAAGGAGGUGUCAGUCUGUCAGAAGGAGGUGUCAGUCUGUCAGAAGGAGAUGUCAGUCAGUCAGAAGGAGGUGUCAGUCUGUCAGAAGGAGGUGUCAGUCUGUCAGAAGGAGGUGUCAGUCUGUCAGAAGGAGGUGUCAGUCUGUCAGAAGGAGGUGUCAGUCUGUCAGAAGGAGGUGUCAGUCUGUCAGAAGGAGGUGUCAGUCAGUCAGAAGGAGGUGUCAGUCUGUCAGAAGGAGAUGUCAGUCUGUCAGAAGGAGGUGUCAGUCUGUCAGAAGGAGGUGUCAGUCAGUCAGAAGGAGGUGUCAGUCAGUCAGAAGGAGGUGUCAGUCUGUCAGAAGGAGGUGUCAGUCUGUCAGAAGGAGGUGUCAGUCUGUCAGAAGGAGAUGUCAGUCAGUCAGAAGGAGGUGUCAGUCUGUCAGAAGGAGGUGUCAGUCUGUCAGAAGGAGGUGUCAGUCAGUCAGAAGGAGGUGUCAGUCUGUCAGAAGGAGGUGUCAGUCUGUCAGAAGGAGGUGUCAGUCAGUCAGAAGGAGGUGUCAAAGGAGGUGUCAGUCUGUCAGAAGGAGAUGUCAGUCAGUCAGAAGGAGGUGUCAGUCUGUCAGAAGGAGGUGUCAGUCUGUCAGAAGGAGGUGUCAGUCUGUCAGAAGGAGGUGUCAGUCUGUCAGAAGGAGGUGUCAGUCUGUCAGAAGGAGGUGUCAGUCUGUCAGAAAGAGAAGGAGGUGUCAGUCUGUCAGAAGGAGGUGUCAGUCAGUCAGAAGGAGGUGUCAGUCUGUCAGAAGGAGGUGUCAGUCUGUCAGAAGGAGGUGUCAGUCAGUCAGAAGGAGGUGUCAGUCUGUCAGAAGGAGGUGUCAGUCAGUCAGAAGGAGGUGUCAGUCUGUCAGAAGGAGGUGUCAGUCUGUCAGAAGGAGGUGUCAGUCAGUCAGAAGGAGGUGUCAGUCAGUCAGAAGGAGAUGUCAAAGGAGGUGUCAGUCUGUCAGAAGGAGGUGUCAGUCUGUCAGAAGGAGGUGUCAGUCUGUCAGAAAGAGGUGUCAGUCAGUCAGAAGGAGGUGUCAGUCUGUCAGAAGGAGGUGUCAGUCUGUCAGAAGGAGGUGUCAGUCUGUCAGAAGGAGGUGUCAGUCUGUCAGAAGGAGGUGUCAGUCUGUCAGAAGGAGGUGUCAGUCUGUCAGAAGGAGGUGUCAGUCUGUCAGAAGGAGAUGUCAGUCAGUCAGAAGGAGGUGUCAGUCUGUCAGAAGGAGGUGUCAGUCUGUCAGAAGGAGGUGUCAGUCUGUCAGAAGGAGGUGUCAGUCUGUCAGAAGGAGGUGUCAGUCUGUCAGAAGGAGGUGUCAGUCAGUCAGAAGGAGGUGUCAGUCUGUCAGAAGGAGAUGUCAGUCUGUCAGAAGGAGGUGUCAGUCUGUCAGAAGGAGGUGUCAGUCAGUCAGAAGGAGGUGUCAGUCAGUCAGAAGGAGGUGUCAGUCUGUCAGAAGGAGGUGUCAGUCUGUCAGAAGGAGGUGUCAGUCUGUCAGAAGGAGAUGUCAGUCAGUCAGAAGGAGGUGUCAGUCUGUCAGAAGGAGGUGUCAGUCUGUCAGAAGGAGGUGUCAGUCAGUCAGAAGGAGGUGUCAGUCUGUCAGAAGGAGGUGUCAGUCUGUCAGAAGGAGGUGUCAGUCAGUCAGAAGGAGGUGUCAAAGGAGGUGUCAGUCUGUCAGAAGGAGGUGUCAGUCAGUCAGAAGGAGGUGUCAGUCAGUCAGAAGGAGGUGUCAGUCUGUCAGAAGGAGGUGUCAGUCUGUCAGAAGGAGGUGUCAGUCUGUCAGAAGGAGGUGUCAGUCUGUCAGAAGGAGGUGUCAGUCUGUAAGAAGGAGAUGUCAGUCACUCAGAAGGAGGUGUCAGUCAGUCAGAAGGAGGUGUCAGUCUGUCAGAAGGAGGUGUCAGUCUGUCAGAAGGAGGUGUCAGUCAGUCAGAAGGAGGUGUCAGUCUGUCAGAAGGAGGUGUCAGUCUGUCAGAAGGAGGUGUCAGUCACUCAGAAGGAGGUGUCAGUCUGUCAGAAGGAGGUGUCAGUCUGUCAGAAGGAGGUGUCAGUCUGUCAGAAGGAGGUGUCAGUCUGUCAGAAGGAGGUGUCAGUCUGUAAGAAGGAGAUGUCAGUCACUCAGAAGGAGGUGUCAGUCUGUCAGAAGGAGGUGUCAGUCUGUCAGAAGGAGGUGUCAGUCUGUCAGAAGGAGGUGUCAGUCAGUCAGAAGAGCCACUCUGCGAUUACGUAA